AUGAAGCUGCCGAGGCCGGAGGGCAUCGCCCGCUGCCCGCGCUGCGACAGCGAGGACACCAAGUUCUGCUACUACAACAACUACAACGUCAAGCAGCCCAGAUACUUCUGCAAGGCGUGCCAGCGGUACUGGACGGCGGGGGGCACGCUGCGCAACGUGCCUGUGGGAGCCGGGCGGCGCAAGAACAAGAACGCGGCGGCA